AUGUUUAAAGAUACACGUCGUGAUAUCCUUGUUGCACUUACGGAGUUACCUAAUUACAGGACCAACCAGCCUAUGCCCCUGGGUAUCCAGGAAGAAGAAGUAACCUAUAGCCUAGCGCGAGAUGAACGAAGGUUGGCAUCGAUGAUGGUAGCGCUUGAUCGCCUCCUCGAUCAAUGCGGCGAGACCGUUCGAAGGACUGAUGUAUGCCUGAGAAGGUGGCUUCGUGCCAGGUUCCCAGACCGUCCCUACAAAGCGCCCUUCGAGCUAGUGGCAAAGCCGUCUUCCGAGAAGCUUUACCGGAACGAGCUAAAACGCUUUAUUUGCUUCUGGCUUCGAUUGUCCAGAUUGUUGCCGACCACUCUGCGGGCAAUUACAGGACGAGGCUUGAACAAACAUCAGUUUAGAGCUCUACGUGAGCUCUGGGUGGAUGGUAUCUGGCAGUCUGAGGAGCCUGCUGAUAUGGACCGUACCGAAGACCAGGAUGGAGGGCAGAGUAUGAAUGAUCAUGAGAGUGGCGAUGAUGAGGGUGAAGAAAAGGAGAGUGAUGAUGAUGAUGAAGAGGAUGAAGGCGAGGACGAAAGUGAAUGUGAGGAGAGCAAUAAACACGAUACAUCGAAAUAUGACAGUCAGAGUAGUGUGGCUAUAGAAGCAGGUGAUCUCUCUGACGCCGAGUCGACUUCUGCUAGGUCUUUGGACAACCAGGAACAACUCUCCCAAGACCCCGCGGCCGACAUCUUACUGCGCUUUUGUUACUUUGCUAUCACCGAGGACUUUGAAGGUGGGCUCGCGAGCUCGACGAUGCUGGUGUACUUCAGUGCUGUACGCGGGCUGUCAACCCCUAACGGUAACGAAUACCUCCAGCCUCACCGGUUCACCCCUACUCUUCUAUUCCUAAUUGUCGUGUACCCCUAA